AUGUCGGACAAAGAAUACGGCGGCAACGACGAUCUCUCGCUCCCUAAAGCGACAGUUCAAAAGAUUAUUUCCGAAAUCCUCCCACAGCUCCCGCACGACUCGACCACAUCCGCCAAAGAUGGCGAAAUGACCUUCACCCGACCGGCGCGGGAUCUCCUGAUAUCCUGCUCCCUCGAGUUUCUGCGCAUGUUAUCUUCCGAAUCCAACGACAUCUCUGAGCGGGAGUCCAAAAAAACCAUUAGCGUCGAACACGUCGAGCAAGCUCUGACUGAUCUGGGCUUUGGAAGCUACAUCGAAGGCUGCCGCGGGGUCGUGGGUGAGUGGCAGGAGGUCCAGAAGAAACGAGUCGGACGAGGUGAAAAGAUGCGCAAUUUCGGUGGCUUUGAUAAGAUGGGCGAAGAAGAGCUGAGAAAGAUGCAAGAGGCACUCUUAGGCGAGGCCCGAGGGAGGAUGGAAGGCCAUGGCGAAUCUCAGGGACAGUGA